CCCCGCGAGGAGCCUAUGGAAGCGGCCGGAGGGCCGGAGCCGCCCGCGGGGGUCCUGGUCGCGGAACCCGCGCCCCCGCCGGCCUGCCGCUUCUUUCUGGAGGGCCGCUGCCGCUUCGGCGCCCGCUGCCGCCAGCCCCACCCCGGGGCGCCGGCGCCGCCGCAGCCUAGAAGCGAGGCCGAAGAACAGGCCAAAGCCAAGAAGCCGCCGCUGCGCACGGCUGAGGCCGUCAUCCAGCGCAUCCGCUGGGACCCGCGCCUCGACCCGGCCGACUUCUCCGUGGGCUACGUGGACCGCUUCCUGGGCGUGCGCGAGGAGCCCUUCCUUUCCUUCUGCUGGGACGAGCCGCUAGCGGCGCUCGGGCCGGGCGUUCUGGCCGUGCCGCAGCACCGGCUGCGCUACUUCCGCUUCCGCGGCCGCCUGGUUUGGGACCGCGCCUCACGCACCGACCUCGUCUUUGGCUCCGGCUUGGCGGCCGGCCGUGGGCCCACCAUCCUGGACGCGCUCGACGGCGAGGACGCGCACGAAGCCGGAGGUGAGAGCGACGGCGAGGACGCGCCCCGACACGGGGACGCGCACGACGGUGGGGACGCGCACGGAGUCCGAGGUGAGAGCGACAGCGAGGACGCGCGCCGGCACGGGGACGCGCACGGAGUCGGAGGUGAGAGCGACGGCGUGGACGUGCACCGGCCCGGGGACGUGCACGACGGCAGAGACCGGGGCGGGGACGCGCACGGGAACGGGGAUGCGAGUGACGGCGAAGAUGCCAACUCAGUCGGAGAUGCGCUCGGCGGUGAGGAUACAGACGGGACCGGAGGCGCACUGGACGGCGCAGCUGCCACCCGCCUUGGCACCGAUGCAGGGGGGCCCGUACAGCCAGCCCAGACGCGACUCCGGGCAGCCUUGGCCUCGGACGGGGGAAGUCCCGAAGCUGGGUGCCUGACGCUGGCAGGCGCAUUAGCGAGGACUCAGGAGCGGGAGUCGGCGGACCCUGGAGGCCAAGCUUCCCCGUGGAUGGCGCCAGGAAGGGCGCUGCAGCCAGCUGCCGCCACCGCCAGGGCCGUGGAGACCCGGGGAGGGGAGCCCUCGGAAGAACUCUCUGAGAUGGGAACGGAGUGGGGUCCCGGGGUCUGGCCUGUGGACCGAGGAGCGGCCAGGGCUGUGGGCCCUCGCCACCCCCGCCCCACGCACUUUGUGGCGCUCAUGGUUACGGAGCCUGAGCUGCGGGCCCAGGUGGCCAAGGUCCAGGAAGACCUGGUACGGGACGCACCAGCCUGCGCGGCCUUCACCGUGCCGGCUGAGGCCCUGCACCUGACCCUGGCCCUGCUGAGGCUGGCGGGCCCUGGGGAGGCAGCGGCCGCUGUCACUGCGCUCCGAGACGCGCUCUCGGACCCUGGGCUUGCGAUCCCUCCGAGGCUGAGGUUCAGUCGCCUGGUGCGCCUGGGCUCCCACGUGCUCUGCGCUCCCCCGUCCCCACCGCUGGAGAGCCUGGCCCAAAGGCUGAGCCAGAGGCUGGAGGCCGAGGGGUUCACAGUGCUGCAGCCCCUUGGGGGGAUACGCCCCCACCUCACCCUGGCCAAGGUGCCCCAGGGCGCCGAAGUCUGCCUCCCCGAGGUCAGCCCGCGGCAGGAGCUGGGGAGCCAGCCCCUGGGGACACUGUGGCUGUGCCGCGUGGGCAGGGCCGGGGCCACCUACCAGGCCGAGGCCGAGCUCCCCCUGGGAGGUCAACCCCAGAAAUAAGGGCCCGGCCCCAGACAAAGACAAAACGGGCACUCGGCUUCUCUCUCUCUCUCUUUAAUUUUGGUUUCUCUCAAGCUUCCAAGUGGUGCUCAGCGCUCCAAGGAAAGAAUGAAGGAAGGAAAGGGGGGGAGGGGGAGAGGGAGGCAGAGGAGGACAUCUGCAAGAGAAGCAGCCUGACAGUCCAGCUGUUCGCAACUCAUCGCGCCCUCCAGUUACAUGGCAGAAGAGGGAGGGAGACGGAAAAGAAAAGGGGAGGAAGAAAAAUAACUUAAAUAAACACACACAAAAAGAAAAGAGAAGGAAA